AUGUCCGACGAAAGAGAGUCACUGCUCGCCGCUGAACACCGCGCGGAUUCGCCGCGCUCGCGCCGACGCGCGCGGCCGCGUCCCAAUCCGCUGCCCAAGGUCCAGCUCGCGGUGGUGUAUGCUAUAAAGCUUGUUGUACCCAUUGCCUCCACUCAAGCCAUGCCUUACAUGAACGUGCUGGUGUCCGAGCUUGCUGCUUCCUCGGGCGCGGAAACCGGAUAUUACAGCGGCCUUGUGGGCAGCGCGAGUUCUACUGCACAUCUCUUAACCAUAUAUAUGUGGGGGCGACUGUCUGACAAGUACGGGCGCAAGCCCGUCAUCAUUAUUGGAACGGUGUGGACAAUACUGUUUACGCUCCUAUUCGGAGUGUCGCGUACAUUAUCUGCCGUGAUCUUGACUAGGUUCCUCACCGGUAUAUUUUCUGGGACAACAGGCGCGAUCCACUCCGUUGUCGGAGAACUGGCCGACUCGACAAACGAGUCCGUCGCCUUUCCGCUAUACGACAUUGUCUCUGCGGUGGGAUUUGCGGUCGGCCCGUUGAUCGGGGGUACAUUCGCCAAUCCGGCCGAGCAGUUUCCUGGGCGGUUCACCAGUCCCUUCUGGAGAGCUUACCCAUACUUCCUGCCAUGCCUGGUGACGUCACUCAUCGCGCUUGCUGCGCUGAUCCUCGCAAUAUUCGUGUUGGACGAGACGCAUCCAGUCAAACGGCGAAAGUUGAUUUCCGUCGACGUUGACUCGCUGGACCACGAGGAACCCAUCUCCACUCAUAGACACAACACAAGUGGGGACGAAGACGAUGUCUAUGCUUCCUCGCAACCGCUUAGCAUUAAGUCCCUACUCUCGAUUCCCGUCAUUCAGAUGGUCUGCGCUUCGAGCGGGGCGCUCUCGUUUGUCGCGGGUUGCUUCAACACCGUGUUCGUCCUCCAGGCCUACAGCCCGAUUAACCAUGGCGGCCUCGCCCUCUCGCCCCCUGAGAUCGGCCGGGCGCUGGGCAUCAUGGGCACGGUGUCGAUUUUCCUGAAGCUGCUGAUGCCGCCGCUGCUCAGGCGCUUCGGUGUACUGACGGUGUUCCGGUGGUGCAUGCGCUCGUGGCUUGUCACGUUCGCAUCGAUGUCGCUGCUCUCGGUCGUCGCGAAACAGGUGGAGGGCGCGGGCGGCAAGGCGGUGGAGUGGACCGCGAUCAGCUUUGUCCUAUUCCUCUCGCGCAUCGGCUGUAUGGCGUUCUCCAUUAUCAUGAUUCUAACCAAGGACCAUACUCCUGGCACGUCGUCACUUGGCACAUCCAACGGAAUGGCCGAGUUCGCGCAGUCUCUGAUGGGCGUUUUCUCCCCCACUAUCGUCAGCUCACUCUUCGCCUUCUCGGCAACACACAAUGUCCUAGGUGGACAGUUCUGGGUCGUGGUUCUAGUUCUCCUCUCCGUGCUCUUUACUGUGCCCGCUGAGCGCCUCAGGAAGUAUCGAGACGACUAA